UUCUGCCAUUGGCUCCGCAUCGCAUUUACAAUCCGGCCUUGCGUUUGCGCCUUACAGCUUCCGCUCUCAACUCGAACAAUACGCAAAAAGGCCCCUGGAUUUAACUUUCCAUCAGAUCCCCGACCCGGCCCUAACAUCUACCGGUUUCCCUAACUAGCUGCGUCAUCAACAUGCCGGGGUUCGCAGAUUCUUUUUGGUCAACAGACUAUGCCGCAGGCCUGGGCGUUCUGUUCACCAAGCUCCAGCAAGGCGUAGAGGAAAACCGACAGGUCUUGACGAUCGCUCGGAUGCGAGCUGAAGCCGAGGAUAUCUAUGGCGGGAAACUUGGAGAAAUCGCGCCUGCAGCCGACAAAAUCAAUGGUGGUUUCUCGCGUGAUGAUGGCGCAAGUGUGCGAAAGGCUUACGAUGGUGUCCGAAGCGAGAUGGUGGAUGCCUCAAAAACCCACAAGAAGAUCGCACAGAGCAUCAGAGACCUGGUUGUAAAUCCGUUUGCGCGAUGGUGUGAUGCUCACGAAUCUCGCAUUCAAGAUUCACAGGAGGACCUGCAGAGCCGUAUUAAAACUCAUGAUCGCCAGUCUGAGGCAGUCAAAAAGCUACGAAGCAACUACUUCAACAAAUGUCGCCUAGUCGAGGACCUCGAGGAGGAGAACAAGCUGGCUUUUCAAGACCCGGAGACAAGUCCUAAGCAGAACCAAAACAUACCCGAGAUCAAGGUAUCCAUCAAGGAGGAGGAAGAGGAAGACGUAAUAUACGAAAUUGGUGACGAGACAUACCAGACUGAGCAGAUCAAGAAGAUCCUAGCUCACAUGCUGGAGACCAUCAAGAUGGGAGAAACAAAAGUGCCCAUUCUUGGUACGUAUCUCAACACAUCUUCUGGCUCUGAUAUCGUCGAGUAUCUUCAACGACACAUGGGAUCGACUAGCGUUAGCUAUUCCGAACGAAUUGGCCAAGAUCUAGUGUCAAGCGGAUUCCUCCGCUUGGUCGGAAACGUGGGGAACAACUUCGCCAACAGCUCGAAGCUCUUUUACCAAUGGCGACCAAAGGCAUUCCAACUUUCAGGGGUACCGGAGAAGAAAGCGGUUUCCAGGACGUUCUCUAUGCCUACUUCUCAAGAUGGCAGCGAAUCUCCUGUCGUUGGUGCCGUCGGUGGGUAUUUAUCUGGCUGGAAUGUUCUCAACAACCAGCACCCGAACGAAACUGCACCCGAACGUCUGCGUCGCGAAGCAAGGGAGGCCGACGAGAAGUAUAAGGAUGGGGUCCGAAAGCUUGACGAAAUGCGUUGCGAGUUAGAAGAAGCGAUUCUCCAGCAUCUGAAUUUUCUCGAACGUUGCGAGCUAGACCGAUUAAAGGCCAUCAAGACUGUCAUCCUCGAUUUCUCGGGUACCAUUGGAAACGUCAUCCCAAGCCUACAGUCUGCUGUAGACCGCAUGAUUCUCUAUCAGGAGACCGUUCAACCUCUGGGUGAUUUGAGAUACCUCCUAGAGAAUUAUAGGACAGGCCGCUUUUCUCCCAAGGUCAUCACAUACGAGAACUAUUACAACAAAGUCGAUGAACAGACCUUUGGUGUAGAUCUUGAAGCUAGAGCCCGAGCAGAUAAGAAACGUGUUCCUAUCAUCAUCACGACGAUCUUGACGUAUCUCGAUAACCACUAUCCGGAUCUAGAAGGCGAUGAAGCGAGACGGGGAGUAUGGCUUAUUGAAGCUCCGCUCCCUCAGGUUCAUAAGUUGCGAGCAAAGAUCAAUGAUGGCAAAUCUUUCUCCCCUGAGGUAUUUUCGGAGUUUGAUGUCCCUACCGUUGCGCAUUUACUCAAGCUGUAUCUUUUGGAACUCCCUGACUCUCUGGUAUCUUCUCACGUAUAUGAGAUCAUUAGAACCAUAUAUGCAACCCCGACAACGGAUACCACUGACUUGGCGCGCAUCCCCGUUCUGCAGCAGACCCUUUCGCAGUUACGGCUCACCAAUAUCGCCACGCUUGACGCCUGCAUGAACCACUUUACAAGACUGAUAGACCUGACCUCAGCGGACGAGAAAUAUGUAAACGAACUUGCUACUUCUCUGGCUCCUUGCAUCUUGCGGCCUCGAACCGAAACCUCAUUGACCAUGGAGGAGAAGCACGCCUACCGCCUAAUCCGUGACCUAUUCGCGCACAAGGACGCUAUCUUCAGCGAGUUGAAACGCAUGUCAACUCUUACCCAUUCGGGCUCCGUCACCAGCACCAAUAACAAUAGCCGACCCCGAGCCAUCAGCACAGACGAGAGCAAUAGGAGAGCUCACAUGGAAGAAAGGCAACGAGCCUUGCUAGAGAAAGUAGGACCGCGCGGUCGCGCCACAAGUCCUGCGCCCGGAUUUCGUCAUAGACGCGAUAGAAGCACCGGUGGACCUGAGACUCGGUUCCCCAUAGCCAGUCCUACGGCCAAUAAUGACAGGCAGCGAAGCAGUCUCGGCAGUCUAGGCACGGUCAAGAGGUCGAGUCUUGAGGUUCCCGAUGGGACGCACACACCCCCAUCCGAACCAAAUGGAGCCCCUCAUGAAGAUUCACCCAAGAUCAUCAGUGAAUCCAUGAUCUCGAAGAGAGAUAGUUUAAGCCGAAGCGGUGCUCGGUUUGUAGGCGGAAGGCGUGUGGGGACGAACUCGACCACGGGCACCGGAAGUACACCUUCCACACCCGUGAGCAAGAUAACCCGAGACCGAGACAGUGGAACUCCAACGGAGGACCGUGGUGUAACACUUGUUGAUACACCCAUGGACUACUAGUAAUGCAUGGAUGGGUACGGCUAAGGUACUUACGAACUUGGAUGUGAUGUGGGAUGCGCUAAAUUGAGCCAUACGAGAAAGAGACGGAUCAAAUGACCUAAUACUUUAUCAUACGCAUGUAUACGGCGUUCUUUUCCUAUUCUUUUUCUAAAAAAGGCCCAGCGACGGCAGGCUCUCGCUACACAUUAUGGACAAACUUGAAAUGUUAUGGAUUAAGGCUUGGGGUUGGAAGGCGGUGGCUUUCUCUAUACCAAUACCAAUACGAGUACCAGAUGAUGGCGUUGCGUAAUGUAUCUUUCUGUCUCUUUUACAGAAUCUUACCUAUUUACCUAAUGCUAUAAAUAUCAGAAAAGGAAAAGGGCCCGGCUACUAUAUUGAUGUAUAAGAUCGUGGUUUGGUACUACACUAUGCAGUGUAGAUACCUAGUUAAUACGCACCCCCUUUCCCACCUUUACAUACUAUACGAAGGCGAUUGAUAUAUUUCGGAGAAGACCUCGUGAAAGAGCAGAAUCACUGUUACCUCUUUUUCUUUGCCCUUUCUAUUGUACCGUUCUGGACGGAGAGGAAG